CAAUAAGCAAAACUAUGUUGCAGGAGGAAACAUACGCGACUUAAGUUAACCAUGUAAUUCGUACGGCAACAUACGUGUCGAAACCAACGACACCAGUGUUUAAUGAUGAGCGCCAUCUUGAACUGACGGACAUUGGGCGUUCCUGCAGUUGAACAAUUUGUCGGAUACGUAGUACUGGCAUGCUUGAAGUUCACCCUCUAAGUCAAGAAGAAGAACUACAUUUUACGGUGAAAUUGUGGGGGCUCUCUCAUCUUUAACGCUUCAACAGACAAGAGAGGGGCAGUAGAUAAAGAUCUAAUGUACUCAGAAAGGACGAAGAGGGCAGUUUCUGCGAUCACCGACUGAACCUGACGUAUAACGGGACGCGUUUUGUCAAGUUGUCUGGACCAAAAAGGUCACACUUCAAUGUUCGUGCCUACCUGCUCCCGGCGGGAAGCGUGAAGAUCAGCCCUUCGAAUAUAAAGGGCAGAACAAAAUUACCAUAUAGGCCUACAUGAACAGCCCUUCCCAGCUAUUAAAGGGGAUACCUUUUAUUGUGCAUAAUCAACAUUGCAUCUGUGAUUAGAAAAGGAACUCUACAGCAAAAUACCCACCGCUCUCGUUUUGUCGUGAAACCGUUGGAGUAGUUCUUAUCACCACAAACAUCGUGCAGGGAGGGCGCACGCUCGAGGCAACCCACCUCGGUUGUAGACCGACUUCUGCAUGCCGAGAAGAUGGUGGUCUUUAGGUUCAAACUGACCCGGUCGGUGAAGGCGGUGUUGAUGAUCGCCCUACUCUGUUACCUUUCCAUCGUGCUGGUCGGCAUAGCGGCGAUAAUGCAGAAGCCCACCUUCCGCAGGACCGUCAACAAUGGCAAUUUCCCUGCUACCGGUCGUCCCGCCGCCCUCGUGGGUCUGAAACAUACGGACAGCUGCUCGACAAGCUCGGGGAACAAGACAGAGGAACAGAAGACGGCAAAGCCUAAAACAGCGCCGUGUCCCAAGACGAUAGCCUCCCUCACCAAAUACUCCAAGUGGUUCCGAGAGAGGUACCAGCCCGGCAUCAAGCUCUUCUUGGACAGGGACGACACCAAACACUACGACAGCCUCUCGGCCAGCGUACUCCCCUUCGGCUUCAAAAAACAGAACCUGACAGUCAUGAGCCAAAUCUUGCAGCACAAAGACUUUGCCAAUCCUCCGGUUCACGGACUGGCCGGUAGGCAGAGCUGCAUUCGAUGCGCUGUGGUGGGCUGUGGGGGCAUCCUGAACGGCUCGGGGGCCGGCAAAGAAAUUGACGGCCACGAUUACGUCUUCAGAGUGAACAAGGCCUUGACAUCAGGGCGGUUCGCAAACGACGUUGGAAAACGGACCACGUUCUACACUUUUUACCCAGAAUCGCAGCACCUUAAUGAUGUGGAAGACAAGAAUGUUCUUGCAUUCUUUACGAUGUUCAAAGCUUACGAUGCCGACUACGCACUGAAUAUGAUGAACGGGGAGAAACCACCCAAGUACUUGAAAAAAGGAAAGAAAUAUGGCGUCAGGACACCUGUCGUGACUCCCACCAGAGUGAAGUUUGUUCACCCCAAUUUCUUCUUCUACGUCUUCAAGACUUUUUUGGACAGCAAAGCCUACAGACCGACCACAGGCGCGCUGGUGGUGUUCCUAGCUCUGCACAUCUGCGACGAGGUCACCAUCUACGGCUUCGGCUACGACCCCCGCUUCACCAUGCACUACUACGACACCAAGUUCGUGGUGCACACACGGGCCUCGACGGGCGUCCAUGACGUAGACAACGAGCGAAAACUGUGGCACAAACUCCACGAGGAAGGCGCCAUCAAGCUCUUCCAAAGAGACAUGUGA